AUGAAUAUCAGUGGUAUAGCAAACGCAGCCUUAUUACCGACAUCUAGUGUGACCACAAUUGCUGCGGGAAGUACAAAAACACUGGUCAUCUAUGACAGGGACUCGAGCGCCACCCGUCCGGCCCCGUGGGUCCGAUCGAUGACAGUUGGCGUACACUCACAGCUAUAUAACCUCACUUUGGUUAAGACAUUAAGUAAAUCAUCUAGACGGGUUACCGGCCGUAACAUUGGCCUAGUGUUGUCUACCCAGACUGACAGUGGACUGGUAUACGUGACCAACCCCUCGAAUGUUUCAGUAAACGCUCUUGUGGUUAUUGAUCAGCAUCGAGCUACUGACCCGAUACCAGGCGGCUGUUCAUCAGAGUUCCCGUUAGAAGUGUCACCGUUUCUACGGCUUUACUACACAUUGUAUUUCAAUCGACUGGAGUUCCAGUUUGCAAAUAUUGGUUCAGUUGAAGAUAUAAACAAACCUAUGAAGUGUGGUGAAAGUCAAUUCAAAAUUCAAUACGAUAUUUACGGCUAUUUUCUUAAUGAAAGUAAUUUUCCGGAGAGGGAGUACUUUAGAGCUAUUAAUAUAAUGAGCAAUUUGACCACUAUUAGACAGUACGGCACAAAGUUAAUGAACAUAUCGACACUUCGGGCCUACUUUUACGCCUACACGGGUCGACCCGUUGUCUACAAUGUGAUUGCAACGUCCCAACAGUAUAGCUCGGUUUAUGUACCCGUCGUAACGUAUGAUUGCGAUGGCAGGAGUAUUGAAGAAUGCGUUAAACAUGAUAUAUCAACUUUAAUGAUCACUACUGUAAUGGGUUUAAUAGGCUUAUUCGUGUGCUUUAGAGGGCACGUAUGGUUUCAAUUGCGUAAGUAUUGCAACGCGGUCAUUAAUAUUGCCACAUUAGAGCUGAUAUUUUUUGGUCUCAUUGACGGCUCGUUCAUAGUCUACAUAUUGCUAUUGAAAUACACAACACUAGACACCGGAGCUGUACAACUAUACACUACCGGUGCCGGUGUUUUACUGGCCCUGCUAUGGGUUUCUUUUUGGAAAUUAUUACAUCUGCCUCUCCUAUCGCUACUGCUAUCCGGGUUAAGUCUGGGGCUAUUACUGAUGGCAACACUACUGUUCACCACAAUCGGCAAUCUAGAGCUGUUCCAGAAUGAUAUCAACUAUUGGCUAAUAAUGUGUUGCGCGACUAUACUGGUCACACUAUUUUUGCCUAUGCUCAGCGCUAUCGUGUUAUCAAUAGUCUCAUCAUCGAUAGUCGGCUCGUAUAUGGCUGUAAUAGCUGUAGACCGUUACAUAUACGGCUCACUGUCCUACAUCAUGUUGAACGUGAUGAAACGGGCCGUACAUAGCAAUGGUGCCUACAAUACCGUUCCCUUUCAAACCAAAGAUGUAAUAAUGGCCGCAAUUUGGGCUCUGUUAUCGCUAACUGGGAUAGUCUUACAGCUGAGCACCGGUGCCGACAAGAGUCCAUUCCCGGCACAGCCCGGGUGCUGUUCGCAGGGCCACCGGUCACUCACCGAGUCGUUGGAUCGGUACUACCGGCGCCGGCGAUCGCAGUACGACUCGUACGACAGUAUGGAGAGUACGACGCCGUCGGUCGACGGGCAGCGGCGCCGCCGCCGGAGUAAGAGUAGGCGCCGGUCUCGUCGGUCCAAACGCUGGGAACCGGUGCCCAGUGGGGAGUCAAGUCGCCGGGGCUCUGGUAGAGCUAGUGGUCCGUCUACGCGGGUGGUUGACGAGCGGAGUCCCUUAUUACAGCCCCAGCAGCCGUAUUAUACGGGCACUUCUGGCCGCGCCUACUCGUCCACUAGUGUCACUACUGCAGCCAUUAAUCCUUAUAAUGCCAAUAGGGAUGAUCCCCAUUAUGGUAAUGUGUCGGCUCCGCCAUUCCCUAACCCCGGCCGGGGUAGUCCGCCACCCGAUUAUAAUCAUUUAUAUAUUACUAACACUAAUGGCCACGACUAUCAGUCAAUUAAUGCAAGUUCUAUUAUGAAAUAUCCAAUCUUAAUGGGUUUCCCAAUAGACAGAUAUAUUUAA